AAUAUCAUAAAGCCUGCAUUUUGUCAUGCCAACGACAUUUUGAAAGCAAACAACUGUGUCAGCCCAAGUUCACUCGUCUUGAAGUUUUAAUAUUUUAGUAAAUGAAGUGUCAACACCUCGUUGUGUCAACAAAACAGUUAGUUAAAGUUUAACUUAUAUUUUAUUCAUAUCAGCGCCUAAGUUAGGUUACAACCAGUGGGUUACAACUGGCUAACGCAGUGUUGCUACGAGAGUUGGCGUAGAGGUUUUGCGUGCUUUCGGUCAUGGCAGAUAAUCUUAAAGCCGAAAAGUUUCUUUUAAUGCAAGAAAGGAUUUGAGGAGUAUUUGAUGAAGAUGGCGUGCUAUUGUUGUUUGUAAUAUUCGCUCCAAAGGCGAAAAAGACGAUGAAAAGAAGAAGAAGAAGAAGAAAAAGCGAAUGGGAGGUUUGUCAUAUUUGAUCAACGAGAAUCCACCAUGGUACAUUUGCAUCUUGCUUGGCUUCCAGCAUUACCUAACGAUGCUUGGUGCCAAUCUCGCGGUACCAUUCGCCCUGAGUGAAAAAAUGUGCUUCGCAAAUAACCAUCUGGCCAUCAGCGAGGUGAUGAGCACUGUGUUCUUCACGUCUGGGGUAUCAACCAUUCUACAAACCACCUUUGGCGUCAGGCUUCCUAUUGUACAAGGAUCAACGUUUACGUUUUUGGCUCCCGCAGUCGCGAUUCUCCGUCAACCCAAAUUUCUAUGUCCAGUUUAUAAUUCAACCGAAAACAGUACCAUGGGGUACGACAAGGAUGUUUGGAAACCACGCAUGCUCGAGAUCCAGGGUGCUAUCAUGGUCUCUUCUCUCUUCCAAGUAUUAGUCGGGUUCUCUGGUUUAAUGGGAUUUCUUAUGCAUUUCAUUGGUCCAGUAUCUAUCGCUCCUACCAUCAUCCUUAUCGGGUUAUCUCUCUUUGAAGUUGCGGCUGGCAAAGCAGGUACCCACUGGGGCAUAUCUAUGACGACCAUCGUAUUGAUCGUCAUAUUUUCACAAUACAUGCAAGGCAUCAAUCUUCGAAUCCCAGCCUACAGCAGAGACAGAGGAUGUUACGUAGCUAAAUACCCUCUCUUUAGGCUCUUUCCGAUUAUCCUGGCCAUCUGUACCUCAUGGCUGAUUGCCCUCAUUGUAACAGCUGCUGGAGGAUUUCCUGACGAUCCAGAACUUCCUCAGUACAUGGCUCGAACAGACGCUCGUAUAAAAGUACUAAGAGAAGCCGAGUGGUUCAGGGUCCCUUAUCCAGGUCAAUGGGGAUUACCAACCGUCAGUGCAGCAGCCGUGUUGGGAAUGCUAUCAGGAGUGGUCGCUUCGAUCGUCGAAUCUAUAGGAGAUUACUACGCAUGCGCGCGCAUGUCAGGUGCACCCCCACCGCCCACCCAUGCCAUCAAUCGUGGAAUAGGAAUGGAAGGGAUCGGGUGUAUCAUCACUGGGGCCUGGGGAACAGGAAGUGGGACUACAUCGUACAGUGAGAACAUCGGCGCCAUUGGGAUAACAAAAGUUGGGAGUCUACGCGUGAUCCAAGUUGCCGGCUGCGUUGCCAUAGUGAUGGGCGUUGUGGGUAAAAUCGGGGCACUGUUUACGUCUAUUCCAGACCCGGUAGUCGGCGGAGUGUUCAUGGUCAUGUUUGGUAUGAUCACAGCUGUUGGGAUGUCUAAUCUGCAGUACGUGGACAUGACCGCUGCUAGGAACAUGUUCAUUGUUGGUGUAUCGGUGGUUUUUGGUAUGGCUCUGCCUUUUUAUCUUAAAACACACGAAAACGCUAUCCAAACCGGUUAUGAAGAAGUUGAUCAAAUUAUUACUAUACUGCUAUCCACAAAUAUCGCAGUAGGAGGUAUGUUGGCUCUCUUCCUGGACAAUACUAUUCCUGGUACUAAAGAAGAACGAGGGCUAAUAGCGUGGAAGCAUCACUUGAUACCUGAUGAGGACGAAGAUGACGAUUACGAGGUAGCCACCAUCCACGUGUACGACCUGCCAUUCUGCCUCAAACGUCUUGGAUAUAACGAAAUUUCUCGGUACAUACCAUUCCUGCCUUACUACCACCCGGUCAGUCAUGAUGGGGCUUGCCACGUUGCUGCCGCUACCAAUGUUGCCAUGGAGACGGGAGAAAGUACGAAAAGAGAUCUGGCUCUAGAAGAGGGAAAAAACAGUUACGCUGUUCAACCUAAUACAAUCACGGAAGACCCCGAAGAUACCACAAGCUUUUGAUUUGCGCGUUUGGUUUGGCAAUUUGACUUGUUAGGUUUAUAGGAGGGUCCUGAAGGGGGGUCCUAAUCCCAUUUCUUAGCCCCCAUAUUCACUAACUCCCACAGUUCCAGCAUAUGUUUUACUCAAAUUUUAAUCCCAUUGCCAUUUUCCAAAAUCCCAUUUUCUCAGCUCAAAAAAGGCGAAUCCCAACUCUCAUUUCACCCUUUCAGGACCCUCUUUUAGAUAUCUUCGACUUGUUCACAGUAUAAGUAUCGUAGAUAAAGUGAAUUUUUACAGAGUCUGCCAAAGAAAAUGAUUUACGCUAUCAUAUCUAACUUUAUGCAGUAAAUUUGUUAUAACUUACAUGCUGUAAGAUCUUGAUUUAUCACAUUCACGAGAAAAUUUAUGGAAUUGUUAAAGAAGUCAUGCAUUUCAGUGUUUAUGUGUAGACAUGCUGCGCAAAGACGGUUCUUCUUUAAUCUUUAUCGUAUUUUUUGAAAAUUUUCUUUUUGCCUAACGGUAUUUAGUGUUUUUAUUGUGAUUUUGUGUGUGUGUGUGUGUGUGUGUAGAUAGUGCUUAAUGAUUCUACAUACGAAAAAGAUUUCGUUUCCUUUUCAAAAAUGCAUAAAAGAUCAAAAGGAGAACGUUUUUAUUUGCUUAUUGUUCUAAAGAAUUACGAAUAAUAUAAUAUAAUUUGAAGGACUUAUUUCCAAAAAGAUUUUUUAAACGAAAAAUGACUGAUUUUAUUACUUCGUUAGUCUAGCUUUUUGCAGUACAUUUUAUACAGACUUUCGAGGGUUUUUAGAUUUGAAAAAGAUAAAUGACCGCUUGAUAUGCUAUGCUUGCUGCAAUUCGUUUGCGAUUCUUACUUCGUACUUGUACGAAUAGAUAACUGGUCGAUAAUACGAAUGAUUUUAUCAGAGAAACUUAAUCAGCAGACGUUUUAACUAGAAUUCUUUCCAUUGUUAUUGAAUAUUAUUCUUAAAAAGACCAGAAAGUAAAAUCAUCAAACGAACAUU